CAUAUAUAUAUAUAUAUACAAAGCAAUAAAGAUGCCAAACGCUUUGAAAUUGAUUACUGUAUUAUUGCUUCUUGAUGCUGUAAGAGCUGUAAAUAUAUCAUCUCCAUCUUUUUCUCCAAUCGUUGUAGAAGCAAAAUAUGAACAUUCUUAUAAUGAAACCAUAAAUUCUACGGUUGAAUAUAUGUUUUUGUAUCCUGCCAGCAAUGUCACUCUGGAAACUGCUAGGAUUACAAUAGAAAGCAACGCGACUCAUAGUUUGCCAUUAAUAAUAGUAGUACGUCAAACAACGGGUAUUCUGUCCUGGCAAAUACCUUUGCUUGUCAACAGCGCAGAUUUAGAUACUGUGAUAUAUAAUAAAACUAGUCGUACUCUGUGCUCCACAAAGUAUUAUCGAUACGCACAAAAUGAUGAUGAACAUGUUAUUGUCGGUAUUUCCACAGCCAGUCAUGAGAAUAUCACUUUCUCUAUUAGUGUGGUGGAAGUUAUGGACUUUUAUUUAAGUUCUGAAAAAAAAGUAGAAGUACAAAUUUCUCCAUCCGAACCUAUAUAUUAUGGCUACAUCUUCUCGAAGCAGGAGAAUUCCUCGGUCAUUGUUCGUGUGGAAUCAGACAAUGAUAUCUGUAUGACCGUUUCUGUACAGAAUACAUCUUGUCCUGUAUUUGAUUUGGAACGAAACAUUGAGUUUUCUGGACACUGGCAGACUGUAAGUAGAAGAGGAGGUAUUACAGUACCGAGAGAAGCUUAUCCGUUAGGAUUCUUCGUUGUACUUGUUGUCAAAGGAGAAGACACUGACUGUAAUGGAUUGUCUAGUAGUAAUCUUCUUCGUACUAAAAAUGUUACAUUAAUCGUAAAUCCAACUAUUACCAAACGAGAUUAUGUUGUCGCAUCGGUAUCAGCAGCAGCAAUUGUAUUAGGUUUUUGUAUCAUUUAUAUAACGGCUGUAAUAGUGUUCAGUAUCAGAGAAAGUAAGAAACUUGCGACACAAGACUUGAUAAAUGAAAACCAAGAUUUUAAUGAACACAUACCGAGUCCAUCAAUGGUAAAAGAGAAUAGUCCGAAAUUGAAUUCUACGGAAGAAGAUUCAUCCCUAGAUGAGGAUGAUAUAGAUCUAAUGGAAGAUGCUCUCUCUGAUAAGGAUGUGAUACGAACAAAAGUCAUUCUCUCGGUCUGUGAUCUCGCUCGCAAAGAACCAAGGAUAUUGCGACAUAAAUCUCGUUUAUAUUUAUAUUACUUGACAACUGUCGCGAUAUUCUAUACAUUGCCAGUCGUACAAUUGGCGGUAACAUAUCAGCGUGUCCUUCAUACAACUGGAAAUCAAGACAUGUGCUAUUACAAUUUCCUAUGUGCUCAUCCAUUGGGUUUGCUUUCCGACUUCAAUCAUCUAUUCUCAAAUUUUGGAUACGUUAUGCUGGGUUUACUAUUUAUAUUUUUGACUUAUUCUCGGGAACACAACGAACCAGAUAAAGAGAAAAUUAAAUGUUAUGGCAUACCGCAACACUAUGGUUUAUUUUAUGCAAUGGGCACUGCAUUAAUAAUGGAAGGUAUAUUGUCGGCGAGUUACCAUGUAUGCCCUAGCCAUAGCAAUUUUCAAUUUGACACCAGUUUCAUGUACGUAAUCGCGGUACUCUGUAUGAUCAAGAUUUAUCAAAAUCGUCAUCCUGAUAUAAACGCUAGAGCACCGGUAACAUUUGGAAUGUUAGCUGUUAUAAUAUUCGCAGGAUUGAUUGGAGUUCUAAAUGGUUCCAAAACCUUUUUAAUAAUAUUUUCCAUCCUGCAUUUACUAAUAUGUUUCUUUCUGACUGUACAAAUAUAUUAUAUGGGUCGAUGUAAAUUUGACAGAGGCGCUUUUAAAAGAAUGAUGCAGGUAUGUCUCCUUGAUUUUAUUGUACCAUCGCAAAAUACAUUUGCCAUUGAUAUCUUGCAGAGAUUCAAACAUGAGGCGCGCUGCGGCAUAUGGCAUUUACUCCGGCCGCUUUAUCCCGCAAGAUUUAUAAUGCUUGUACUAGCGAAUUUAUGUAACGUUGGACUUGCGGUAUUUGGUAACAUGUAUCAGCAAGGCAAUUUCGCUACAUUUUUACUAGCUAUACUGAUGUCCAAUUUAAUUUUAUACACAUUCUUUUACAUAAUGAUGAAGCUUUGCCACAGGGAAAAGAUUCUACCUACACCCGCGAUUUAUAUCAUCUUAUCCAUGCUGUUUUGGGGAGCAGCCUUGUACUUCUUCGUGAAUAAAACUAUUUCUUGGGCACUCACACCAGCUCAAUCUCGCUUAUAUAAUAAACCUUGCAUAUUAUUGAACUUUUUUGAUUCUCAUGACAUCUGGCAUUUUCUUUCGGCAUUAGCUAUGUUCUUUUCUUUUAUGGUAUUACUUACUUUAGAUGAUGAUUUAACGGAUGUACAUCGGAGUCAAAUACCAGUUUUUUGAAGAGCUCUAUGUAGAGUUGAGAAUUAUAUGAAAUUUUAUAAUUUUACAUAAGAUAUUCUCUCGGACGUAAAGUUACAGUUCAUAUAAUAGAAUAGUAAUUAUACAAAAAGAAUUGUAGAAUUCUUAGAAUAGUAAUUCCACGAAAGAAUUUGUAUAUAAAAAAAGGCUCUGAGGAGAGUGUGUAUGUGGAUAUUGUUUGUACCAAAGAAUGCAUGUGACGUCGAUUAGGUCAAAUGAAUGUAUGAACGAAUGCAAUUCCAUAAAUUGCCUGCUAUAAAACCAAUUUUAAUUCCAGUGCUUCGAUGGCACUUUUUAUGAAGAAUGUAUGUGAUAAUGUUUUAAAAUGGAAAAAAAAAUAUAUAUAUAUAUAUAUCCGCAAAACGUAGAAAAAAGAA